CAGCUGAUGUUCUCUGCGCAGCAACAAGUUGACAGCCGGGAGUGUGCGGGGUGCCCAGGACUUGCGAACCAGUUUUAUAGAGAUCUUCCCAAAGAAGAUGAAGAAAAACAGGGAAAGAUUCUGCAACAGAGAGAGGGAAUUCGUGUAUAACUUUAAAGUUGGAAGUCAGUGCUUAGAACUGAGGGUACCCCUCAAAUUUCCUGUUCAGGAGAAUGCUAGUCAUUUACAUGGACGUCUGAUGCUGCUGCAUAGCUUACCAUGUUUUAUAGAAAAAGACUUGAAAGAAGCUCUCAGUCAGUUUCUAGAAGAGGAAUCUCUCAGGGAUUAUGACAGCGAUGCUGAAGCAUCCCUGGAAGCUGUGAAAUCUGGUGAAGUAGAUUUACAUCAGCUGGCAAGUACGUGGGCCAAAGCUUAUGCUGAGACCACAUUAGAGCAUGCGAGGCCUGAAGAACCCAGCUGGGAUGAAGAUUUUGCAGAUGUGUACCAUGACCUAAUCCAUUCUCCCGCCUCUGAAACACUCCUAAAUUUGGAACACAACUACUUUGUUAGCAUCUCAGAACUGAUCAGUGAAAGAGAUGUGGAGCUGAAAAAAUUACGAGAGAGGCAGGGAAUUGAAAUGGAAAAAGUGAUGCAAGAAUUGGGGAAAUCGUUGACAGAUCAAGAUGUAAAUUCAUUGGCCGCUCAACAUUUUGAAUCUCAGCAGGACUUAGAAAAUAAGUGGUCUAAUGAAUUAAAACAAUCAACUGCCAUCCAAAAGCAGGAGUAUCAGGAAUGGGUGAUAAAACUUCAUCAAGAUCUAAAAAAUCCCAACAAUAGCUCACUCAGUGAGGAAAUUAAAGUUCAGCCAAGUCAAUUCAGAGAAUCUGUAGAAGCAAAUGGAAGGAUUUAUGAGGAACAGAGAAAGUUAGAAGAAAGCUUUACCAUUCACUUAGGAGCCCAGCUGAAGACCAUGCAUAAUUUGAGAUUACUGCGAGCCGAUAUGCUGGACUUCUGUAAGCAUAAAAGAAAUCAUCGAAGUGGUGUGAAACUGCACCGACUCCAGACAGCGCUGUCACUUUAUUCUACUUCUCUCUGUGGCCUGGUUUUACUAGUAGAUAAUCGAAUCAAUUCAUAUAGUGGUAUUAAAAGAGACUUUGCCACAGUGUGCCAGGAAUGCACCGACUUCCAUUUUCCCCGAAUUGAAGAGCAACUGGAAAGCGCCCAGCAGGUUGUCCUCUGUGCUAGGACCCAGCGCAGGAGUAAGGCGAAAGAUGCAAAUGAUUCUGGACACCGAAAUGGAGGAAAUGAUGAUAAGGCUAAAAAUGCUGAUAGAAACUAUUUACAUAUUUUACCUGGAGAAUUUUAUAUUACACGGCAUUCGAAUCUCUCAGAAAUCCAUGUCGCCUUCCACCUGUGUGUGGAUGACAACGUGAAGUCAGGAAACAUCACUGCUCGUGACCCUGCCAUCAUGGGGCUCCGCAACAUCCUCAAGGUUUGCUGUACCCAUGACAUCACCACAAUAAGCAUCCCGCUCUUGCUGGUGCAUGACAUGUCAGAGGAAAUGACUAUCCCAUGGUGCUUAAGAAGAGCAGAACUUGUGUUUAAGUGUGUCAAAGGCUUCAUGAUGGAAAUGGCUUCAUGGGAUGGAGGAAUUUCUAGGACAGUGCAGUUUCUGGUACCACAGAGUAUUUCUGAAGAAAUGUUUUAUCAACUUAGUAACAUGCUUCCUCAGAUCUUCCGAGUUUCAUCAACACUUACUCUGACAUCCAAGCACUAAACCUUAUAGAUUGACAUGCUGGCAGGAGGAUUGUUAACCUCUCCAGGACCUUGAGCUGUGCUGGGACUUUGUCAAGCAAAAAUGCCCCAAAAGAUAACUUUCAACCUGCGCCACAUACCUGAUCAUGAGACGUCUGUUCAACGUUCCAAAAUGUACACACUGUACAGAUGAGUGACUACUUUUUUUUUUUAUUUUACAAAAGUUUAUUUUUACAUCAUUUUGUACAUUUUUUUUUCCAUCUCAAUUGUAAUCCCUGCGGGUUUCCCAUCACCAAGACGAGUGACUACUUUUUAUGAACACUUAUUCUAAAGUUUCUUAAUGAAAAAAAAAACCUCUCUUUUCCUACUGUUAGACCUUAUCUGUGAAUAUCAGUAAGUUCAGACUUCCCAUAUAUCAUUCAUGGACACUUGUUGUGAGAGAUUGUUCACCUCGUUUUCAUGGAGAUGUUUGGCUUUUCCAAAAGGUCUGCCUCCUGUCAGGUGUGAGGCUUCUCUCACAGGGAUGUGUCAAGUCUUCCUUCAACCUGAUUUACCAAGUGAAAAUUUUAAAGAAUGGCAAUAUACUUAACAGGUAUGGAUUUCUUGUGAAAAUCUUUAUGUAGAAACAAUGAGACAAGUGUGCUAUUUUCAAAACCUGUUUCAAGAAGUCACUUUUAAUGGACUCUUUCUAAAGUUCUGUAAGUUGGAAAAAACUAGAUUCUUUCCUUGCCUCAUCUUUCAUGAAUGUGGCCUGUUAAUAAUACUUCUUGGGCUGGGAAAACUGUGCGUUGCCAGCUCAGUGGAAAGCUGGUCUAGGCCAGCUCAUGUGUUUUUACUUCUCGAUCCUUCCUGCCUUCUCAACUUCCUUUCCCCUUCCUCUGCUGUUUGCAUUUCUUUGCUGAUGCCCUGGUUUCUGCGUCUGUUCCCUUUGCCCUCCUUUCCCAUUGGUUUUCCUCGUAGAACUACUUUAUCAGACACUGCGUAUCACUUAUUUUUCCCCUAUCAUGUUUGCUGUGAGGAUUGACUGCAUUGAGCAGUGACAUUUAUAAAGAAUCAU